UAUACAUUAUAUUGCCUAAAGUAUUGGAGCACCCCUUCAAAUCAUUGGAUUCAAGUGUUCCAAUCACCUCCAUGGCCACAGGUGUACAAAAUCAAGCACCUAGGCAUCCAGACUGCUUCUACAAACAUUUGUGAAAGAAUGGGUUGUUCUCAAGAGCUCAGUGAAUUCAGUCAUGAUGCUGUGAUAGGUUGCCACCAGUCCAUCUGUGAAAUUUCUUUGCAACUAAACAUUCCACGUUCAACUGUUAGUGGUAUUAUAACAAAGUGGAAGCAACUGGAAACAACAGCAACUCAGCCAUGAAGUGGUAGGCCAUGUAAAAUGACAUAGUAGGGUCGGCGCAUGCUGAAGAAGAGCACAGGGCACAAAAGUCACCAACUGUCUGCAGAGUCAGUAGCUAAAGACCUCCAAAUUUCAUGUGGGAUUCAGAUUAGCACAACAAAAGUGCAUAGAGGAAUAGGUUUCCAUGACCGAGCAGCUGCAUUCAUGCCUUACAUCACCUAGUGCAAUGCAAAGCGUCUGACGCAGUGGUGUAAAGCACAUUGCCACUGGACUCUAG